AUGGAGGCAGCAAUAAAACAAAGUAGAAAGGUGUGUCCUUUUCUCCAUAAAAACACGGCAGCAACACUACGAAAACUUUCCAGCAUGCCGGCUCAACAACAACAACAAGGAGGCGCUCCUAUGAACGCUCUUUUGUCGUUUGCUCAGAAAUGUCCAGUUAUGGGAAAUGCAAUGGCCACUGUGCAAGGCCGUCAAAGUUUAUUGCAUACUUCAGCGAAACUGGCUAAACAACCCACUCGUCCAUUGAAUCAAGCGUCGAUCGUUAACCACGAGAAGAAUUUGAUUGAUGAACGAGCCGCCGCUGCUACCAUCGCUGCAUUGAAAAAAAGUGAACAAGUUGGCAGUUGCCCUUAUCACCAAGUUCAACAACCAGAACAAUCACCAAAGUCUCCUUAUCAUCGUCGAUUGCCAGCUACUCACUCGACCAACUCUACCACAUUUGAUUAUGAAUCUCUUUAUCACCACGAACUUGACAAGAAGCAUCAAGAUAAAACUUAUCGUUAUUUCAAUAACAUUAAUCGUCUCGCUCAGAAAUUUCCAAAGGCUCACACCAAAGACUCACGUGAUGAAGUUAUUGUCUGGUGCAGCAAUGAUUAUUUGGGAAUGGGUAAAAACCAAAUUGUUUUGGAAACUAUGAAACAGACUUUGAACAAAUAUGGGGCUGGUGCGGGCGGAACUCGUAACAUCGCCGGAAAUUGUAAUCUUCAUUUACAACUAGAAGCAGAAUUAGCCGAUCUUCAUCACAAACCGGCUGCGUUAGUCUUCACCUCGUGCUAUGUCGCUAACGACGCUACAUUAAGUACCUUAGCCUCGAAACUUCCUGGCUGUCACAUCUUUUCUGAUGCAGCCAAUCACGCGUCAAUGAUUCAAGGAAUCAAACAUUCUGGCGCAAAGAAAAUUAUUUUUAAACAUAACGAUCUAGCCGAUCUCGAAGCAAAACUUCAAUCGGUCGAUAUUAAUAUCCCAAAAAUAAUAGCAUUCGAAAGUGUUUAUUCCAUGUCGGGUUCUGUGGGUCAAAUUAACGCGAUUUGUGAUCUCGCGAAAAAGUAUGGCGCAAUCACGUUUUUGGAUGAAGUUCACGCAGUUGGAAUGUACGGACCUCGUGGUGCGGGUGUUGCGGAACAUUUAGACUUUGAUUUGAAUUCUCGUAUUCCGCACGCGAACAAUGGCAGCGUGCUUGAUAAAGUCGAUAUUAUUUCUGGUACACUUGGUAAAGCGUUUGGUAUCGUCGGCGGUUACAUUGCCGGAUCGGCCAAUUUGGUAGAUAUGAUCCGUUCAUAUGCACCGGGAUUCAUUUUUACCACGUCCCUUCCACCCGCAAAUGUCGCUGGCGCAAAAGCAUCAAUUCAAUAUCUCAAAAAAUCAUCCAAAGAACGACAAAUGCAACAACUAAAUACCAGGAUCCUCAAAGCUCGCCUUGCCGAACUUGAUAUCCCCGUCAUACCAAAUCCUUCUCACAUCGUUCCUGUCCUUGUGGGCGAGGCGGAACCUUGCAAAAUCGCUUCCGAUCAAUUGCUACGUGAACACGGGAUCUACGUUCAAUCAAUUAAUUAUCCAACCGUCGCUAAAGGUGAAGAAAGAUUACGAAUCACUCCGACUCCUGGGCAUAAUUCGAAAAUGGUCGACCAUUUAGUCGAGGCUUUGGAGACUAUCUGGCGAAAGAACGGGUUCAAGCGUGUUAGUGAUUGGAGGGCUGAAGGUGGUGGUGCGGGUGAUCCUGUACCGAAACCGAUUUGGACAGAUCGGCAGUUGAAUAUUGUGCCGGGUGGUGGAGAUGCGAUCCAUCCUUAUGUUGUUGAAGUUACUGCAUAA